GUUUUAUUUUUUUUUCUUCCAUUUGCGAAAUGAGUGAGGCAACAUUGGACGACAUCUUUGCACGCCGUGACAAGAGCAAGAACAAGCGGAGAGCGGUCGGCGCCACUGCGACUGCAGCAGGCCCCGCCGGCGCGUCCCAGCAACAGCCAGCAACAGCAGCAGCAGCUCCCACAGCAUCAUCAACACAAGCAUCAGUAUCCACAUCCACAGCAGCAGCAGCAUCAGCAUCAUCAUCACAACAGACUUCCGCACAGCCAGCCAGCCCAAUAGCGCAGGAGCUCCUCCCCACCGCCACCCUGCUCAGCGACAGUGACUGGUUGGACCCCACUCGCGACGCCAAGCCACGCCUGGCUGUUGCUGGCAUCCGUGUCAAGACAUUCAAUGCCGAUCCAUUCGCCACUACGCCUUCCCCGGCACCCGAAACUCCCGAGUUGGAUGACUCUGUCUUGUCCUCCAAGGAGGAGAGCAAGCCUGCACAGGCCGCUGAUGCCGUCUGGGCGAGCGCAAAGCCUGCGCAGGCUGCUGACUCGAAGAUUUCCACUUGGGCCUUCCCUUCUCUUGCAUCCACUGGUCAUGCUCAACAAAAUAUGCCCGGCUACAAGGGCUUUGAGCAGGUUGCUGCCGGCAAGGGCUACCGCGGUGACAUUUCUGGCACUGCCAAGAAGGAGGAGCUCAAGGUUGUCAACAAAUUCUCUGCCCUCGGCCAUUAAGAAUUUUUGUUUUUGUACACACACGCAAGCGAGUGUGGAAAUCGCUCUAGCGCCGGUGCAGUUUCUAUCGGUAUCGCUAUGUCCGUGCUAAGAAGCUCUCGUUUCGAUCGUUCUUUGCUUCCAAAAUGCGUGCUGUACACCUGGUGUUCCCCUCUUUCCCUCCCAAUUUUUUUGCCAAUGAUCAACGUCCCCCUUUUGGUUUGUUUUGUUCCAUUUCGUGUGUGCUUGUCCUUCUGUCCUUGUUGUUUCAAAAAAAAAAAACGAACGAUUUUCCCAA